CCGCAAUUUCUAUUGCAUUGACGCUGUUAUUUGUGUUAGUUUUGUGUGCCUUGUUGUCUGUGCUUUGUGACGCACCAAUUCAGUGCAUUUUUUCCAGCAAGGAAAAUUGUGAUAUAGCAGGUCAGGAGGAUGACUGCUCUAGUGUACUGUUCAUUGAUUGCGGUUUUGUGUCUUUGUGGAUACUUAAAUGCAACAGAUGUUACUCCAGGACAAACUGCAGUAAAGCCAGGAGAGUGUCCACCCCAAACACCUGGAAGCUCCUGUACCAGGUUAUGUGACUGUGACUCUAGCUGUCCUGACAAUGAGAAGUGUUGCAGCAAUGGAUGUGGACGUUCCUGUACAUCUCCUUAUACAGUGAAGCCGGGUCAAUGUCCCAAAACGAAGAGCGUUCCAGGAUGUGCUGAAAGCUGUUUCCAUGAUGGCCAGUGUCCUGCCGCACAGAAGUGUUGCCCAACCACCUGUGGCCAUGUAUGUAGUGAACCAGAUGAUCAGGAAAGUGAUGAGGCAAGUGGUCAGGGAUACGGAGGUGGUUAUGGACAAGGAAGCGGUCAGGGUUACGGAAGUGGUCAGGGAAGUGGUCAGGGUUAUGGAAGUGGCCAGGGAAGUGGUUACGGCCAGGGAAGUGGUUAUGGCGAGGGACGUGGUCAGGGUUUCGGAAGUGGGCAGGGAAGUGGUUACGGCCAGGGAAGUGGUCAGGGGUAUGGAAGUGGUCAGGGAAGGGGGUACGGAAGUGGUCAGGGAAGUGGGUAUGGUCAGGGAAGUGGUCAGGGUUUCGGAAGUGGUCAGGGAAGUGGUUACGGCCAGGGAAGUGGUUAUGGCGAGGGACGUGGUCAGGGUUUCGGAAGUGGGCAGGGAAGUGGUUACGGCCAGGGAAGUGGUCAGGGGUACGGAAGUGGUCAGGGAAGGGGGUACGGAAGUGGUCAGGGAAGUGGGUAUGGUCAGGGAAGUGGUCAGGGUUAUGGAAGUGGCCAGGGAAGUGGUUACGGCCAGGGAAGUGGUUAUGGCGAGGGACGUGGUCAGGGUUUCGGAAGUGGGCAGGGAAGUGGUUACGGCCAGGGAAGUGGUCAGGGGUACGGAAGUGGUCAGGGAAGGGGGUACGGAAGUGGUCAGGGAAGUGGGUAUGGUCAGGGAAGUGGUCAGGGAAGUGGGUAUGGUCAGGGAAGUGGUUACGGAAGUGGUCAGGGAAGUGGGUAUGGUCAGGGUUAUGGAAGUGGCCAGGGAAGUGGGUAUGGUCAGGGACGUGGUCAGGGUUAUGGAAGGGGACAAGGUCAGGGAAGCGGUCAGGGACAGGGUCAGGGUCAGGGACAGGGACAAGGACAUGAAACAACUGGAGUCUCAGAAUAUUUGCCUCAAAGACAUCCGAACAUCACAGUGACUAUGUAUAUGGAUGAUAGACAGGGCCGUCGCUAG